AUGAAUAAUUUAAUAAAUAUUUUAUCCGUUUCCUUUGCUCUUUUUGUUAUUUAUCAGGCUUUGAAUGCUCAAAGAUUGGAUUGCGCUGUCGUCACUGAACGAAAUGGAUGUCAACUCUGUGCUUGCCCUAUUGGAUCUCCAGCCCGAGGUUGUGACCCAAUGCCUUUUGUCCUUUGGCAUGAUUUGAUUGUUAACGGUUGCCCUAAUGUAACGGUGAAUACUCGUGAUCCAGCGCAAAAAGUUCAUCGCUGGUUUAGAAGGGUAUAG